UUUUUUUUCUUGUUACACAUAUCCAGCUUCCGGAUAAUGGACAACUUCAUCGUAGCCGCCCGCGAGUGGAAGUCGCUGGUUAGCGACGUCGGCGAGGCUUUUGUAGCGCGUCACCUGGGCCUGUCCAUGCAGCUGGCUAUGGUCCUGUGCUGUCAAAACGAUGCUGAGGCCGAGAGCGUGGCCAGUGGCGUUCCCAGCGCUGAGCAGCGCGACUUCGUGACUCUCUCCGCUAUCCUGCGGAGGCUACUGGAGGCGGCGUCACGUGAGCACAUGUCGUUCCUGUUGCCUACAGUAGGGGACAACGAGACGACCCAGCCAUCGUCGCUCAAGAUGGAGCAGACUGUGCUCCAGAGCCUCCCCGAGGCCUUCGCGCCGCGAUUCCGGCAGCUGCUGGCGACCUAUUGGAACAGACUGAACGAUAUGGCGGCGAGUGCGACGUUCUCGCUACCGAGAGUGCAGCAGCUGCACUGGAAAGUGGCUAAGGACUCGGGACAGCGCAUUCUGUUGCGUCUACAGACGUCGGACGGCAGGUCGAGGACAAUUUACGUGCCGAUCAAGCAGUUCCACCAGCUACGGCACAGUGUGGCCUCGGUGUUGCAGGAAAUGAACCAGGUGGAGGCUCAUCCGAUGAUGCGGCUCGCUUACAUGGAGCAGAACAGACGUACUGAGACAGCGAGGUCUGGACCAUCGAGUAGUGUGCCCUAAAGGUCUGUAUUGUGGAACAGAGUCUAGUCUGCCUAGCCUAGUUCUUCAUCUUCUUCUUGCUGUUGGAGAAGCACUCGCCCCAGAGACACACAGUCUUGCCCCGCAUGAUCUGUGAGAAGGCCUCGAACGUGUACGCCUGGCGGUCACACGCCUCCUCUUCCGUGAUCUUCUUGUCCUUUACCUGCGCCUGCACCGCCGACUUGAGCAUGUCAGACGGUGUCGCUGCGAUGUACUCCUGGAACGGGUACUUGGCGUCUUCCACGGCCAGUACGCGCUUCUCGGACGGGAUCUGGUACGUCUCCAGUAGCAGAUGUAGUAGGCGCUUUAGCUGCUCCUGGGUCAUCUCGCGAGUGUCGCUCUCCUCCUUCUUCUCGUCCUCAUUCGUGCUCAGCGCUUCACCCGCCGGCGCGUUCGUGGCCAAGUUGAACAGGAUCCGCAGGCGCUCAUCCACAGCGCCCUUAACUGCCAUAGAGAACGCCACCAUCUGCGCGUCCACGUCGCUCUUGCGGUCUGCGUCCGUCUCGAGACUCAGCAGCAGUCGCUCCAAGUGGUAAGCUUUGCUCACUCCCGUCGGACAGGCCUGUCCCAGCUUGAAGCCCAGAUAUUGGUCAAAGUGCUGCAUCGUGGCCUUGCCGGCCGGAAAAGCCCUGGUCACACCGGCCCGCACAUCCUCAAAAACCGUGGGUCUGUAUCACAUAGUCACAGGAGCGUUAAACCUCUAGUUCAAAGCCUAACAGUCUUGCAGUCGUACGUGAUAUUGUUACUGGACCGCAGUUCCCAAGCCUCGUAGGGCGAGAUGACGGCCGCCUCUGCAAUGGGAUUCUGCAGGGCCUCGAAGUUCUUCUUGCCGCGCGAGCCACGGUAAAUGUAGAAACCGAUACCCAACAGGAUGCCGCCCAGCGUCACACCCGGGUUGCGGCUGAACCAGCCAGGUUUGUACUUGGGUGGCUCCUCCCCACUACCGCCAGUGCCAGAGCUCGAAUCAGAGCCCGUGGAAUUGGAGGUAGUGGAAGAAGACGCCGGCGAAGAUGAAGCCGAGGCCGCUGUGUGCUGAAAACGCCGCAGGUGGCCAGGAGAAGCGCGCAACCGAUGCUGCAGGCGGAGCAUCUUGACGUGGUUCCAGUGAUAGUGCUUGUGGUUCGUGUGAUGUGGUACAGUGUACCAGACAAUGAUUCGUGUUAAGUACGAAAACGUGUAGCCAUGUUAACUUCAACAUAGCCAUCCUAUUGCAGCUC